AUGUGCGAGAAAAAACGGCACCAGGCGGACGUGUGCGGGUUUCCCCAACCGAUUUCCCUUCCUCCUUUCCCAACCAAUCGCCUUUGCUCUGUGUCAUCAUCAUCAUCAUCAUCAGCCUUCCCCCCAUGCGAUGUGAAGCUGUUGAGGCGUGCUCAAGACAACGGCCAACAGCAGGCAUACACGCAGGCAGGCAUGCAAGCUUGUGCUGCUGCUGGUGCUGCUGUGAUGAUGGCCGUGCGUGUGCCUGUGCGCUGUGCACCGUGUUUGGGAUGCACCGAUGAAGACAAGGAAGGACACGACUCGUGCCCACCACUCUUCUCCCUUCAUCUCCUCUUUCUGCUCCAUCAGCGAUGA